AGCCACCGGGACUGAAGCUCAUUUGCUCCCGUUUGAACCCCACAUCCUCCGGGAUAGAGAAGCAGCACCCCGGCACAGCCGAGGCUCCGUCCUCCCGAAUCAGCGAGCUCUAGCAGGAGAAAGGAGGAGGCCAGCAGCUCGGUGCGCAGAGCGGCCGCGCAGAGGGACUCUCCCCGGGAGGGAGCGCGGACCGGCCGGCAGCAUGACGGCGGACGUGGCAGUGUCUCUCUCGGUGCUCGCGGGGAUCGUCGCGCUGAGCGAUGUGACCCGAAGGCUCCUGACUCGGGCCCUCGCGAACACCGGGCUCUCCGUGUACGCGGUGGAGCUCGUGUCCACCUUCCAGCUGUGUUGCUGCACGCACGAGCUCAAGCUGCUGUCCGAGGUCGGCGGCAUCGAGCCUCGGCUCGCACUCACCUUCACUUACCUGGCGUCCGUGGUCCACGGGCUCACCUUCAGCGGGGCCAUCGGGAACCCCUCCGGUGCGCUCGAGCGCGCCUAUCACGCCAAGUUAUCGGGAGCGUGCGCCCUGCGGAGGAUCGCGUGCCAGUUCGCGGCGGCUGCCGCUGCGCGAGCCGCGGUACCGGCGCUGUGGGGGGUCGGGCUGUCGAGGCUGCACGCGCGACACAAGCUGCUCGGUUUCCGCUGCACCAGCCCCAUCCACGCGCCCCUGCACGAGGCCGCAGCGGUGGAGCUCGCGUGCGCCUUUGCGGUUCAGACCGUUAUCACGCACACGCAGUCAGUGGAGGAGAAAUACCGCGUGCACGCGGUGGCUGCGGUCAUCACCACAGCGGUUUAUGCAGGUGGCAGCGUGACCGGAGCAGUGUUUAACCCAGCGCUGGCCUUCUCCACACAGUUCCCCUGCAGCGGACACUCUUUCCUGGAGUACUGCGUGGUGUACUGGCUGGGCCCGCUGCUCGGUAUGAUGAGCUCGGUGCUGCUGUUGGACAAACUCGUCCCUGCGCUGUCAGGAAAACCGUCUCCGCUCCAUCUGCCCGCGGAGAGCAAGAAGAAGGCGUGAGCGCCGCAGGGCGCCGUUCUUUACAUGGACACAUUGUUUCUGACAGCUGAGAGGACACAGGAGAACAUCAUAUAUGCACUCUGAUGGAGAGAAGCACAUCUACGAAGUCAAACACAACAUUAACUUAAACCGUCAAAUUUAGACUAAAUUUUACUUUCAAACUUCUUACUUUUCCAUUUUUAAUCCUGUCAGCACUCACCUUUUUAAAAUCACACACACUGUCCUGUAGACAAGUAUUACACAACAACACUGAGCCAGCUCUGAUGUUCUAGAUCAUUUAUUUAAGCUAAUACUCGGAAAGCUGAGGAUGUGAUAUUAUGAGGUGUCUUUAAACAAAGGAUCUGCAUAUUUUAGUCAUGUUAUUGUCUGACUCCUGAGCCAGGCACACUGUAGGAGUGUACUGCACACAUGUAAUUAGUGCCUUUGUGCGCUCUGUAAGGAUUGUAAAUGCAAAUUAAACUGUGUAAUCAGUGCUGAUUGGUUGGUUCUGUGACCCUGGGAGGGUUGAAUAUAUUCAAUGAAGCUGUAUAAACAUGUUACCCCCCCUCCCAACAUCUGAAACUUUGUAAAUGAAUAAGAGCAGAAACCUUCAGGGCUGAAACUGUUAGAAACUGCAGUUUGAGACCAAAUCCAGGCGUCACAACGUGAAGACGUUUUUCUCUUCAGCGACACUUUAUAUAAAUAAAUGUUAAUAUGAACACCA